AUGUCAGAAUCUUCUUGUCCAUCUGCGAGUUCCUCCUCUUUCAAGACGUUACGGAUAAGAUUAGAUGAUGCUAUUCUAGACGAAUGUAUUGAACAAUUGUCACAAAAGUGUUUUGAGGAAUGGCAAAAGUUGAGUGAACUGCAUAAGCGCGUACCGCAAUGCAAACAAAACAUGGAAUUUUAUAAAACGGCCAAGGAAAGGAGAUUGGCAAUUCUAAGAGCUGAAGAACGAAGGUUGAGAAUUGAAUUGGAGAUUGCUAAGAAAGAUGCAAAGGAAGUAAAUACAUAUUCUCAAGUAAUAAAUGAAGUAAUGGCCAAAAAGCAACUCUAUGACAAUGUCCAGCAAUAUAAACAAGCCUUACCACGAUUGCGUGAACAAGUACAGGAAGCAAAGGAACAGCUGAAAAGAGAGCAGGAAACCCUGGCAGAGAGUGAAUCAAUAAGUAUAGUGUUGGGGGAAAAACUUGACAAUCUAAAAGGACAGUUUGAAAAUCCUCUUGGAGCAGAGGAUACGGAAUUGAGAAAACUUCGAAGUCAGACAAAAAUAGCAAAAGACAAUAUGGAUAUCUUGAUGAAAGAAUUAAUUGCGUUUGUGGAUAAGCAUUUUCCUCCUACUAUUAGGAAACGUAGAAGUGAUAAUCAAGCUGUUACUGUAUCACUAAAAGAAUUGCUGGAGGAUCUUAUGAACAAAUCAUUCUCAAACCCCGACCCAUAUGUCCAAAUCAAUAGUCAACACAUCUGGCGACCAUAUAUUGAAUUACUUAUUCGUGCUGGUAUUGCAGUACAACAUCCAACAGAUGCUUACAAAAUUAAGCUUGCAUUGACUCAGAUAGUGAUGACGAUAAAAGUAACCACGAAGAAGAUGAAGGGGAAAGUAGAAAGCGACGAAGAAGUUAUAUGUGCAGACGCUGUUCAAUAUACGAUAUUUGAUGAAGCUGUAUCCUGCAAUGAUUCAAAAUGGAGCUAA